GGACGAGGGUAAUGCAUUGCUACCUACUACGUACUACCUACCAACACUGCAAUCGCCUCUCCGCCGCCUAUAAAUACCAUCCCUUAUCCUUCCUUAAAACCUUCCUCCGACCGUGUCGUUGAAAAUCUCAGGCGACCUCUUCUUCUUCACAUCUAAUCGUUCAAAGCCUGUCAGGUCGAUCUACAGUCAAAUGUUUCAGGAUUAUUGUCCUCUCUGAUAUUUUAUCGAGAUAUCUCAACCUAGGGUUACUUUUCACAUUCCAAGUUUGAUUUCUCAAUUCCAGAUUUAGAGCUGUACAAAUACAUCUAUCAAUGUUUCCUAUAUGAAAUCCAUCCUAAUGCGUAGGAUUCGUAUUCUCCACUCUUUUUCAGUUGUCUUUCUUUACUGGUUUUACGUAUUCUCAUGAACUGACCCCCUCAAUUCUGCAACAUCUCAAACUUCUUCCCUAAUCAAUUGUUUGUUAAAAAGAUUUCUCAUUUCCGAGCCCAGACCAUAGUUUCUUAUCAAGCGUUUCUGAUUUCUAGUUAAAAUCUACCCAAUCUUGAAAUACAAAAUCAUCUAUUUCGAAAGAGAGAAAGAAAUGGCUUCUUCUGUGCAACAGCAGCCUGCACAUUCUGGAUCAUCGUCUGAUGCCGAACAGCGUUACGCAAUGUAUGAUGAGAAGAAAAGAAAGAGAAUGAUAUCUAACCGUGAGUCUGCAAAGAGAUCUCGUCUGAGGAAGCAACAGCAUGUCGAGGAGCUGUGUAGCCAGAGGGCUCUCCUCCAGAACGAGCAGAGUGUUUGCAAGCAGCAAAUUGAUGGUCUGUGUCAAGGCCUUGCACUGCUUUCUACUGAAAAUGACGUUUUGAGGGCUCAAUGUGCUGAGCUGGCGGAUCGCUUGCAGUCUAUGAAUUCACUCCUCCAUCUUUGGGCAGAGGUUAAUGAGACUGUGGUGGAUAUCCAUGAGAUUCCCGAUGUUCUGCUUGAGCCGUGGCAGCUGCCUUGUCCUACUCAACCCAUUGUUGCAUCUGCUGAUAUGUUCCCGUUUUGAGAAGAAGCUUCAAUUACCGCCUCUUUGUGUGUCUUGUGUAUGAGUCUUUAAUUGUAUCAUUAUUACUUGUUUGUUUCUUAGCAUUAUUAUUCACGAUGUCCAUUGUCUGGCAGCAUAUUCUCCGAGUUGUGUCUUUCAGUGUAUGGCUGUGCAUUGGUGUUGGUUGUCUUUGCUUGACAUUAAGUUGCUAGUGAAGUUUGAACUUCAUGUCUUCAUGUAAUAUGAAGAUAAUUCGGGUUUGAUAUUUCAUUAUAAGGUUGGAGUUACAGUUUUUUUGGGACUUUGGAAGGUAUUCUGGUGCAAGAUUUAGCAUAUUUUUUUACAUAAACAGUACUCCAUAUUUGUUAUAAUGAAAUGUUGAAAAAUAAAACAUGGAUAAGUAUUUUUGAGGUUAUAGAAACUGAAGGCCCCCAUACCACAUGGGUUCACGCACUUGUUAGUUUGUCAUGUACAUAGUCUCCUUGGAUCACAUAAAUACGAAAUGGCAUGAGGUUUGAAUCGCAUAAAUAUGGUAUGUGGGUAAUGUUGUGGGUAAUAACCGUACUUUAGUUAACAAAGAAUUGGUUAACUGCGUGCUAUGACAUCGGUUAAUCGGAAAUUCGGAAUGUGUGGGGUUAGGGAUGGACACAGGCCGGUUCCGGUUUCGGGCUGGGCUUGGGCGGGCUUUUUUUGCAAAUUCAUGGGCCCGGAACCGGCCCGGGUUGAUACCGGGUCCGGUUCGAUGUCUAUUUUUUUUUUGCUUUCUAGUUAUCCCCUGACCCCUCACCCCCAAACCUCCCCAAAACACCCAGCCCUAGCCUAGGAAAAGAAAAAAAUUGAAAAAAAAGACCCGGGCCCGGCCCGAACCGCCCGGGCCGGUUUGCCCAAAAUUGGGCCCGAGCCCGGCCUGCCCGACCUGCCCAAACGGGCUAAAAGCCCGGAAUCGGCCAACCGGUCCCAGUCCGGUCCGGGCCCAAACAGUACCGGGCCGGUUCGGUUCCGGGCCGGUUCGGCCCGACCCAGUCCAUCCCUAUGUGGGGUGAAUAAUUACGAACUAAAUGGUGAAAUUAGAUUCAAUAUGAUAAGAUCGAGUAUUUUACGGGUAUUUCUUUUCCACAUGAUCAUUAUUAAUUGUUGAAGUAAUUCUUCUUUUCCACAGGAUCUGAUGGGUUCGCUUUCUGUCUCUCCCUCGCGUGGCUUGAGGCGGGGCUAAGCUCCUCCACCUCAUCCCAAGUCGCCACGCACUCCCCGCUCUCCGGAUUGUCGGCGUAGGUUUCAUCUGCGUUAUUCAUGCUCUCUGCCACCUUCUCUGAGAGGCUGUCAAAAGCGGCAACCACAGGCCGGACACGCACCCUCCCGGCACUGAAUCUGCUUGACAUCCUCUUUAGGAAGCCAACUGCACGGGUUGGGGCUUCGCCGGACGUGACGCCGCCAUGGCUGAGACGCUGUGUGCGGCGGUGAGAUUGAUGCCAGUUGUGAUGGUUGCUGUAGGUCAUGUUUGGAUAUAUAUUUGAAGAAAUUGAUGUGUUGAUUAACGACCCUUUGAUUAAAUUGGAGGUAUUUAUAAUUUGCCCGCGGGCGCAAAUGCUCAAAUCUUGGACGCACAUUUCUUAUCGUUUAUUUUAUCUACUACUGACUACAGUGGUUUAUGGGAGACUUCCACAUAUGCAGUUACUUUUGAUUCAAUCUUAUAUCCAAAAUCCAAGUCAUCAAAAGGACUCUCCAUUUCAGUUUGUUUGAACAAAUACGGAUUAAGGCUUUGUUUGUUUUCAGUAUUGGGGUGAAAACGUCAUUUCAAUCUAUUGUAUUUGGGUGAAUUCAAUGUUUUGGCUCUAACUCUAACAGCCAAACAUCCCCCAAAUGUUUAUCAACAUAAAAAUGGAAAUGAGAUAAUUGCGUGAAAUUUAUUAAUCGUUAUGUUUUAAUAGAAUUUGAGAGAGAGAUAGAGAUAGUAUAUCCUCAUUGAUUGAAAUGAAAUAUACAGAGUUUAUAUAGAGGACAGCUGCUCAACAGACUUAACUAACUAACUAUCCUUCAACUGACUUAUACUAAUUACAAUGCGUGUAGUAUAUCUAACAUCUCCCCUUCAAACUCAGGGUGAUUGGACCGGAAGAGCAAUCACACUGAGUUUGGUUCUCAAGUCAAUAAAGGAUGAAGCGGACAAUGGUUUAAUUAGAACAUCAGUGAGUUGCUUGGUGUUGAGCAGGAAUGUGAAACACUUGUAGUUGCUUCAACUGGACUUUCUCUCGUGCAAAAAACAGAUCAAUCUCCAUAUGCUUGAUUCGAGAGUGUAACACUGGAUUAUGUGCCAGUUGAACAACGCUCAGAUUGUCACAAUAGAUUUUUGGAGUAGCAAAAGAAACUUGAAGUUCAUGAAGAAGAAACUGAACCCACAAAAGUUCUAUUGUGGUAUCAGCCAUACUUCUAUACUCCGCCUCUACUGAGGAUCUGGCAACACGCAGCUGCUUCUUGGACCACCAAGAAAUAAUGUUUGAACCAAGAAAAAUGCAAGACCGUGAUGUAGAUCUUCUAUCAGUAGGAUCAGAGGCCCAAUCAACAUCACAAAAUGCUGAAAUGGGCAGAGACAUAGGGGGUGUUUGGCAAUUGAUUGUUGGUUGUUGGCUGAUUCAUGACAACGGAUCUUGUUGGCUAUUUUGAUUAGCCGAUAGUAUUAGCAGUUUGUAAAAUGAUGUUUGGUUAAGUGGUUGUUCACAAUCAGCUGAUUACUUAUUAAAAUGACUUUUAAGGACAUCA